UGGUGCUAGGUAUUUGGCUAAGCAGUUGCUACAUUUGGCAAAGCAGUUGCUACAUUUGGUAAGCAGUUGCUUCAUUUUGCCAAGCAGUUCUCAACCAUUUCUAGAACAUAGGUGCACACCCAUAGAUCUAUUUCACUGGGCCUACCGUCUCCAUACAUUUAUACAACAUAACUACACACCCAUGGACUUAUUUCACUGGGCCACCCAUGUCCAGACAUUUAUAGAACAUUGCUACACACCCAUGGAUCUAUUUCGCUUUGGCACCCGUCUCCUUACAUUUAUAGAACAUCACUACACACUCAAUGAUCUAUUUUACGUAGCCACACGUGUCUAGGAAUUUAUAGAACAUUACUACACACCAGUUCCGCGCCAGAUGUCACUUGCUUCAAAAUAUGUGUGGUCACUUUCAGCAUAAGUCAUCAUGUUAAAAACUACAGCACUUAAUAUUGAAAAAAACAUGGUUAGUUUUAAUUACUGGAUGGGUGUAGAUUGAAAAAACGAGGAUAAAAAACGAGGAUCCAAGAUCACAACAAAGUCGUGUGUGGUUUGUUGUAUUCGUUCAUAUACAGAUCAUGAGGAGUCAACGUUUAUCGAUAAUUAAGUGUAUGUGUGUGUAUUAAUAUCCUGUACUGGUUUAUGCCAUAGUCACCACAAUCUCCAGUGUGUCACCUGCAUACCUACAUACUGUUUACAACACGGAAGUCAGUCGUCUACUUUCGUUAUGGUAAUGAGGACCAGUGACCCACUAGGAAUAUGGCGGGAGAUAUUUAAACAUGUUUCAGGGCCUAGUUGAGUCAAGAGAAUGUCUCAAAUCCAAGCUACGAUAUCCACAAUUGCAGACUUCAUAUUUCAAUGGAGAUGUUUCAGUUGAAUACUUUACUGUUUUAAUUUUAUCAUAGAAACGAAGAUUCAUGACUAAUUAUGGUUAGGUGGUUGUUUAACAUCUCGCUAAGACAGGUUGUUAUUGUAUUUUUAUUUUACUGUUUCCUUUUUCAGAAAACUAAGAACAAUUCUUUACAUUUAGCAAAUAGACACUAUCCGGUGUAUGAUUAAGCAGCCCCGUAUGGCAACCUCUCAGAAGCUUACGGAACAUUUCCUGACCUGUACAAUUUGCACAGAGGUGUUUGAUAAUCCCUGUACACUUGUGUGUAAUCACACCUUUUGUCGGAAAUGUGUCGUCAACUACACCAAAACCAGACCAGAAGCCAUUAGUGCCAAGUCCCUCCUCUGUCCAUUCUGCAACAAGAUGACGAAAGUGUCUGCCCCUGAGAGACCAGUGGAGGAGUGGGCGGAUGACGUCAAGCCAAUCUUUAUCAUCCAGGGACUCUUGGACUCGUUUGGUCCGGGAUCUAAAGACACGACCUACUGUACCUACUGCCAAGGAGAUGGGGAGACAACUCCGGCUGUUGUUUGGUGUUCGGUCUGUGAUGAGGCACUCUGUGACAAAUGUACUGGAGCUCACAACCGCAUCCCAUCAUUUCGUCAGCAUGACGUCACUGACCUGUCUGGAGAGGUAAAGGCUAAGGGAAGACAAAAGGUCAAGGUCAUGUGCAGAGAGCACAAACAGGAGUCGCUAGAAUUUCUCUGUACGGAUUGCAAGAAGGCAGCAUGUCAGAAAUGUUGCAUCAUUUACCACAGGAAAUGUGACGCCGUUGUCACGAUCACGUCACAGAUAAUGACAAUGAAAAGACAGCUGAGAGCAGUGAAGAAGGCAUUAUCAAAGAAGGAAGAUAAGAUGAAACUACGUGUGAAUGAAAAGAAGUUGAAAGAGAAAUUAGGGAGAGAUCAUUUUUCAAUGAUGAAAUCGAACAUUCAGUCUGCAUGCCAGAAAGUUAUCAAUCAGGCCAAGGAGAAGGAGAGGAAGCUGUUAGAUCAGAUGGAAGACAUUUCAUAUAAACACAUCGGGCAACUGAAAGCAGACAUUAAGUCAGGUGAGAUGUCAGUACAGAUGUACCAACAACAGGCGGAGCUGAUAGACCAGGCUCUACAAUCUGAGUGUGACAUGGAUGUGUAUGAGAUGUAUCAGGGAUGUGAGACGGGUGAUGUGGAGGCUGUCGGAGACGCAGAUGUGAAGGAGAGAGGAAGAAUAACCAAGGUCACAUUCAGACAGGACACGGACAAGCUGAGUAAAUCUCUGGACGAUCUACAGCUGGGUGAGAUAGACGUCAUGUAUGAGAGUGAGCUGGACAUGAAGGCUACUCCUGUGUUACAGGACACCAUUAACGUCAGAGUAUCAGGCGAAAGUAACACACCAGACCCGAGUGACGUGACAGUGAUGGUGGUGAAUGACACAGAUAAAGUUGUAGUCACAGCUUGCAGCAACAGCUGUGUGAAGUCCUUCUACACCAGGAAUAACGAGACACGUCACAGUAAACUCCGUCUGGAUGGUCAACCAUUGAGUCUGACAAAGUUGACACACAACCAGGUGGCCGUCACUGUCUGGAACAUCAAACAGAUUGUAACAGUAGAAGCUAACCCUGACCUGGUGCUGCUGUCAACCGUCACAACCAGCAAACAGUACUGGGGCAUAACGUCCCUGACACCAUCAACACUAGCAGCUGGUUCCCGGUCUCCUCCCUGUGUUGAUAUCCUGGAUAUGACGGGAAACGUGCUGAGGUCAAUCAGUCCACUCCACAAUGGUAACAACAUCUUACGAUGUCCCAACUUCCUCUGUACCACGAGGACAGGAAACAUCCUGGUGUCCGACAGUGGAACCAAGUGUGUCGUGUGUCUGACCCCCGAGGGAGAUGUGGUGUUCACCUACAGCCCUACAGGAGACACAGCACUGAAGUAUCCCCAGGGUAUCACAAGUACCAGCACAGGUGACAUCCUGGUGACAGACUUCUCUCUACACAGUGUCAUCCAUCUGACGGAGUCAGGACAGUUUGUCAGAAACAUACUGACACAACAGGACGGUAUCAAGCACCCCGAGGGUGUGUGUGUAGAUGGACAUAACCACGUGUAUGUUUGUCUCAGUUUGGAAGGAGUUAUUAAGGUGUUUACAUGUUAACACUGACAACGUGUGUUUGUCACAUAUAUAUGUGUGUAGAACUCUCUCAGGUUGCUGUCGUCUUUAGGAAGGAAUUCCUAAAGUCCCAAACAGUAGAAUACUGAUUAUCCGUAAGUUACCUGAUGGAUGACGAUGUACUAUUCAGGAUAUCUCAGUCACAUGCAUGUCUCACAGUACAGGAUACAUCAACUGUGUUUUAAAGACAUCUCCGAUACGAGACCUGUUAAUUAUUAUUAAUAAAUGUCGACAGACCUGAAAUUUGAUCCGUGCAUAUAUUUUUAAAGUUCUGCCAGUUCUGUUUUGGAUUACUGGUAAGUUUAGAAACGGACUUUGUUGAAGUUAAGUAAAACAGUGAAUCAAAAGCUUGAAACCCUUUCCAUAUUCACAAGAAAUCUCUUCCGAAAGCAUUUCUUAUAAGUAUAAUUUAUUCAAGGUCAAGGUAAAUAAUGAAGAAAUAAACUGAAUACAAAAGUUACUUCAACUCAAACUCAACAAGAAGAAGA